CCCCACCGUACGCCCUUCCCAUGCGGGGGGUCUGACGGUGGGUUACUCGUCUCCCUAGAGGCCAGAGUCCCCCGCGCUCACAGUCCCUCCAUUAAAGUAGUAUUGAACGUGCUUGCACCUCUAGUUCCUAUAGGCUGCCAAACAGGGCUGGCCGCGACGAAGAGCUGGGCAAGCUAGACCUGAGGCCUAAGCGUCUCGCACUAUCGACACGGCGUGGCAGUGGGCGUGUGAGCUCGGUUGUGAUGGGCGUGGCCGACUCCAGGGUGCCUCCAGGCAAGAUCGCGCAGUCCAUGGGGCGGCAGAGAGGAGCAGCAGGCCUGGACAGGCUGGCGAUGGUCACCCUGAAGUGCCCAGGCCGCACUGUCACCGACCUGCACCGACCGGAGACUGGUCGGGCUGCAGGAUGUUGUGGCCAACAGUAGAGGCCAUGUCAGGGUCAGCUACUGGUGCUGCUCAACGCAGCGUAGCCAGCGCGUCGCGGAGGCGACGCUUGAGAAGCUGUCGGACCUGCAGGUGGAGCAGUAGUAGGGUUCGAGUGGCUGCGCAGGUGGAGUGUUGAGUGGCAGUGACCACGAUGGCGGUGUUUACCCAAGGUGCAGGGUUCAGGGUUUCGGAGGUGCAGGUUCAGCAGGUGCAGGUGCAGGUUCAGGCCGUUGUUCAGCGGGGUUCAGCGUUGGCCGGCCGUUUUUCAGCGUUGACCGGCCGUUGUUCAGCGUUGACCGGCCGUCCUGUGUAAGGCUCACCUGUCAGGCAGAGUUUGGCGCGCAGGUUUUUGGGGUGGUUGUGGGAGGGCGGCGGAGGCCUCACACCCCAAGACAACAACCUCCGCUGCCGUCUGCACUCGCAUUCGCAAACCAGCAUUUCAAUCAAGUGGUCUGAGCGGAGCGUCUGUCUCUUCGUCC